CUUAAACUCUUCCCUUUGCGUUAUCUCUCUGCUCAGACCCCAUAACAAAACUCACAGACCUCGAGUCAAUUACACAUAACCUAUACACACAAAUUAUUUGUAUUUGUAUCUAUAGCUUUAUACUUCAAUGGAGGAGAGGAAGAGAUGUGUGCUAGGGUUUCUUCUCCUCUUUUUCACUUUAAUUCGCGAUUUAUCAGCGCUAUCAAUCACCGUUAACGACGUCGAGUGCGUUUACGAGUACGUUCUAUACGAAGGCGAUACAAUCUCCGGUAAUUUCGUUGUUGUUGAUCACGAUAUCUUUUGGGGCUCCGAUCAUCCCGGCAUCGAUUUGAUUGUAACAUCUCCUGGGGGUAAUACGGUUCAUACACUGAAGGGUACAUCUGGAGACAAAUUUGCGUUUAAGGCACCUCGAGGUGGAAUGUACAAAUUCUGCUUUCACAAUUCGUACUCAACUCCAGAGACCGUCUCUUUCUACAUACAUGUUGGCCAUAUCCCCAAUGAGCACGACCUUGCUAAAGAUGAACAUUUAGACCCUAUUAACGUAAAAAUUGCCGAGUUAAGGGAGGCACUUGAAUCAAUUACAGCGGAGCAGAGGUACUUGAGGGCACGUGAUUAUCGUCAUCGGCACACUAAUGAGAGCACACGGAGGCGUGUUAUUGUUUAUUCAAUUGGAGAGUACGUCUUGUUGGCACUAGCCAGCGGACUUCAGGUUGCCUAUAUACGAAGACUCUUCAGCAAGUCAGUUGCAUACAACCGUGUGUAAGGUGUGCAUUUCAGCUUAUGGCUAGGUAUAGUGACACAAUAGGAAGUUUUCCAGGCCUGGUUUAUGUGGUACCAUGCAGAGAAGCAAUCUUAGGAAAAUCUUGUGUACUAUUUAAGCAGAUCGAAGCGUCAUAAUACUAUUUAUUUACUUCUUUUCUCUUCCUUUUUAUUUUUCCAUUUGUAUCAAACUUUUAUGGGUAACAUAAUUAAUUUACACAAGUUUAUUGGA